AAAAAGCUGUUGGUGGAUACCAAUCACUAUGACGACUUCCAUGGAGGCCGACUUUAACAAGACAAAAGCCCAAUCUUGGUUGAAUUGCGAAAACAACAACCUAACCACGCCAUUGGCCAAAGACAACGAGUGGGUCAUCUAUAACAUGCAGAUGGCCGGUUUGUACAGAGUUUUAUACGACACACGAAAUUGGAUGGGCAUUGUUUCUACGUUGAACGAUCCAACCAAAUACAAAACUAUUCACACAUUAAACCGAGUACAGCUGAUCGAUGAUUCGUUCAGCUUUUCACAGGUCGGUGAUAUGGACUAUGGAAUCACUUUCCAACUGUUGAAAUAUCUAAAACACGAAAAAGAGUAUGCACCAUGGUUGGCUGCAUUGGGUGGUUUGGGCCCAAUUAAUAAAUUAAUGAAAAGGACCCCGAACCAAGGAGUGUUCCAAAACUAUAUGCAACGUAUGUUGUCGUCUGUAUACAGCGAAUUCCGAGACAUGGCCGUUGAACUCAACGGAUUUGAAGAAAUCCGUUUUAAAAACCUCGUGACCGCCGAGGCUUGCCGUCACCGAAUAAAAGACUGCACCGAACAAGCUCUGGAGUUAUUUAGCAAGUGGAUGAAAAUUUCAGACCCAGACAACAAUAAUAUAUUGCCUAGAGAACUGAAACCCGUUAUUUACUGUCAAGCGAUCAAAUACGGAGGUGUUGAAGAAUGGGACUUUUUAUGGGAACGUUAUCAGCGUUCAAACGUGGGGUCUGAAAAAGCGAAAUUACUCUCAGCAUUAGGAUGUAGUUCAGAAACUUGGUUACUGAACAGGUAUUUGAAUUGGUCACUUGAUAGUUCCAUUAUUCGAAAGCAAGACGCUGCCACAGUGUUCUAUUCUGUAGCCAGCAGUGACAUUGGAUUUUAUGUGGCAAAAGACUUUUUGUAUCGUAAAAUUGCUGAUAUAUCUGAAUAUUACCAACCUCGAGGUGAUCGUGUAGGUAGAUACGUAAAAGUUAUUGGGUCUCAAAUGAAAACCAAAGAAGAAUUAGACGAGAUCCAAUCAUUCAUUAAUAAAUCGUCAGCUUAUUUAAAAGGAGCUGAUUUGACUAUCAAUCAGACAAUUGAGACUGUUAAAAUAAACACUGAAUGGACUUCGAAGUUUUACCAUAAAAUUGUAAAUCACAUGGUUUAAUAAUCAUUAUUAAUUAACAAUGUUACUAUUAAGCCUGAACACAGUUUGAUUAUUGAAUUAAAAACUGUACAGUUCUCGGCUGCUUCGACUAAAAAAGUUAUACAAAAUAUAUAUCUAUAUAUCUAUACAAGAAAAAUUAAAUUAUACACAUAUACACAUAUACACAUUAUAUAAUAUUUUUUUUAUAGUAUGACAUAGUUACUUCUUUACCUUGAGCUAUGUCACAAUAUGACAAUUUCAGAUCUGUUUAAUUUGUUGGAUAUCUGUAUUUAAAAGUCAUCAUAUUAUACAUAUUUAUUUAUUUUUUAAAACUUAACAUAAUUCUAUGUACAUAAUAUACCUAACUAUGAAGUGUUAUUACUUUUUUGUAUA